AUGAACAGCCUAACCGGUCUUGCAAGCAUUAAAGCUUUGUUGCAAAUUGAAGACUUCCCGUCACCUUCUAGCAGCAUAUUGCAGUGUAAAACAGGACUCGGACAUGCAGUCGUAUCUCGCCGCAAGCGAUCUUGGUCAAGGGCAGUAUUCAGUAAUUUACAGCGGAAAGGACUAGAGCGCACCUUUCAGGAUCAAAAAUACAUCACCAAACCCGAAAGGAAACGUUUAGCUGCCAAUCUUGGUUUGCAUGAUGCCCAGGUUAAAGUUUGGUUUCAAAACCGUCGCAUGAAAUGGCGUCAUAUGAUAAAAAGUACGCAGCUGCCUCUCAUUCCAGGAAGUGUAUCAAUCAUUAAAGGAUCUUCGGAAGGAGUCACAGCAACUGAACAUUAUUCUAAUACGAAUAAAAUCUGUACACUCAAUAUCAACGAAAAUAUCGAAGACAUAGAUGUUACUAUAGACUAA